AAAUGUAAUUGGGAUAAAAGUAUAUAACAAAGAAGUUGAAAACCCCCAAAAUUCAAAUUAUAUGCCCUUCCUUCUCAAGUUCUCAUUAUCAGUCAUCACCCUCGACAUUCCUACAAAAUUUGCCAAAAAUCAUUUCAAUACUCAUUUCCGACGAAUCACCCAAUUCCAGAAUUUCCAAGUAAUCACCGAAAAUCCACCCUUUCCAUUAAUUCAGAAGUAUGAGUGAUAUGGUAUCUGGGUCUGAUCCGUCGGGCAGUGGGUUUGAUGCUGCCCGAAUUCAGGAAGUAAAAGCAUGGCUUCUUUCUCAGUUUGAUGGUGUUGGCAAAGAUGUACCCGAAUUUGAAUACACUCCUAGAAGUAUUGCCCAUUUGCAUAAUCUUGCUUCUGUUUCUCAAGCUAAGACCCAAGCUGCUGGCAUUGUUGCCAAUGAUUUUCGACAAAAGGCGGCCGAGUAUCGUUCUCAAGCUGCAAGGAUUAGGGAGUUAUUGGAGAAUGUGGGUUUGGCUCAAGAGAGUUUGCCAUCCAGUGUAGUGGGUUCAGCGCAGGUUUUGGCGAGUGUUGCUAAUUUGUUGAACAUAAGAGACACUGAGUUGAGCAGUUUCCUUGUGUCAAUGGGGGAUGUUUCUCUGAGAAAGUCUGGAGUAGAGGAGAAGAGGGCAAAGGUACAAAAAGAGUCUAAGGUGCUCCUGGAUUAUACUCGGAAGGCUAUAGCAAGGCUAACUUACUUGAAAAGAGUACUUGCGCAGCUGGAAGAUGAAGUUGCUCCUUGUGAGGCUCAGAUUGAAAACUGGAAGACUAACUUGCCACUCCUGGUUUCAAAAGAGCGAGAAUACAAUCAGAGAUAUUCCAAUUACAAGGCGCUACUGAAUCGUGUGGGUUACAGCCCUGACAUCAGCCAUGGGGUACUGGUGGAAAUGGCGGAACACCAGAAAGAGUUGGAGAAGAAAACUAAACCAAUUCUAGAUACAUUGAGAAGUUACCAGGACUUGCCUCCUGAUAAAGCAUUGGCUUCCCUUGCAAUCGAGGACAAGAGAAGACAGUUUGCUGCUGCAGAGAAGUAUCUGGAGGAGGUUUUGCAAUCUGCGCUUGCUACAACAGAUUAAUUGCAUCUCUAGCAUAUAUCGUGUUUUGGCGAGGCUUACUUGGUCAUUGUUGCCAAAAUCUUUGGUGCACCCUGCUGUGAUUUGAUGCAGUACUACCACUGGAAUCUCAAAGUUGAUAUUGGAAAUUUAUUGUUAUUCCUCACAUUUCGUGAGCUCUCGUCUUGUUUAUAGGUUGUGAAAGUGUUACAUUGUUAAUGCAGUGCAAUGUUGGCUGAUUGCAUGAGAACGUUGAUGUGUAAUUGAGUGUUGUGGUGUUUAGUACGUAGAAGUUUGGCAACCCCCAAAACUCAUGAUGUAGGAAAUUAGCCUUAAAAGCUGAAUCUAUUGUAUUUUUAGAAGGCCUUCAAUUCAUAGUAGUUGCUUGUAUGAUAAGAAAGUUAUGGUUUAGUCAACUUUUACUGUAUGUUAAGCUUUGCCCAUGA